GCCCGCCGGCCGCUCCUGCCCGCGCCGUGCCAGCCCCGGCGGGUGCCCCGAGGCGUCCCCAUGGAGUGACCCCGCGGGGGUCUCUCGGUGCCAGGGGGACCCUGGCUCCCACCACCAGCAUGAGCGACUUCUGGCACAAGCUGGGCUGCUGCGUCGUGGAGAAGCCCCAGCCCAAGAAGAGGAGGAGGAGGAUCGACCGCUCCAUGAUCGGGGAGCCCAUGAACUUCGUGCACCUGACACACAUCGGCUCCGGGGACAUGGCUGCGGGAGAGGGGCUGCCCAUGACCGGAGCCGUGCAGGAGAUGCGAUCCAAGGGCGGCCGGGAGCGACAGUGGAGCAACUCCCGGGUGUUGUAGCGUAUUCCUGGCGUUUUCAGCCCAAACUUGAACUGCCCCCCCCUCCCCGCCGGAGGAGAGGCCGCCCUGGAGCACUCGCGGUAUUUAUGCAGCACCAGCCUCGCCCAGCUCCCGCUGACUCCUGGCUGUCAUCCCCCUGGAAAAUCCCUCCUUCCCGGGGGCAUCGGGCCGGUGACACGGGGAGGGGGCGAGGACAGCAGCCCCCUCCUCCUGCCCCCCCUGGAAAGGACCGUGCCAGGAGCUGCCAGGCGCAGCCCACGCGUGCCAAACCUCCCCGGGAUUCCCUCUGUCCACUCCAGCGUGUCCUGGGGGCUGCUGGGUGCCUCAGUUUCCCCAGGG